AUGACACUUUUAUACGAAGCUCAUGAGGAAAAGCAUCACCUUCCAGGUAUGCAAGGAGAUCACCGAUACCCGACUGUUAUGCUCGAAGCGAUUGCAUCUCAAGUCUUAUGGUUUUGGCAUGCUUUUGCCGGUCCACCGGGUUCUCAAAACGAUAUCAAUGUGCUACAACAAUCUCCGUUAUUUUUAACGGAACGAAAUAGAACCGCGCCAAAAUGUCCAUUUUACGUUAACAACCAUUUAUACAAACGUGGUUAUUUGCUCGUGGAUGGAAUCUACCUUUCGUGGUCCGUGUUUGUGAAAUCGAUCCCUUACCCUCACGAAGUAGACCAAAAGAAAUUCAAGAGGCAACAUGAAGCGGCAAGAAAAGACGUCGAACGGGCUUUUGGUGUUUUGAAGGCGAAAUGGGGUGUAUUGAGUCGACCAAUGCGAGCAAGAUCCAUUAAAAAAUUAUGA